CAGCAUCAACAUUGCAGUCACAGUGGCAAUUGAUGAUGGUUGAGUACGCCUGUGCUUCAAGAUGCCGAUAAGGUUGACAUGUAUUCCUUGUCAAGAAAAUGGAAGGAGUUAGUUGAUAAGGCCCGAGCCAAGCAGCUGCAACCCCAUGAAUACAGAACAGGCACUUUUACUCUCUCUAAUCUUGGAAUGUUUGGUGUGGAUCGCUUUGAUGCCAUUUGCCACCAGGAACUGGUGCAAUCAUGGCUGUUGGAGCAUCUCAGCCCACUGUUGUACUGUAGGUGCCAAGGAUGGUCGGAUUGGCAUGAAAAACCAGAUGAAGGUAAAUGUUACAGCUGACCAUCGUGUCAUACAUGGUGCGGAUCUGGCUUCAUUCUUGCAAACUCUAGCCAAGAUAAUUGAGGAUCCUAAAGACCUUACACUAUAAUUCUUCAUACAGUCUCAGAUUACUUCCGUCUUGUCUGUGCCUCUGGCUCUGAUCAUUUUUUAUUAUCAUCCUCGAUUUUGGCGGAGUAAGUUUGUGGUGAAGAGAAAUUUAGGAGCUACUAACUCACUUUCUGCUCAAUCAAGGUUCUGAGGGACAACAGGAGCAGAAUUUUGAAGAGUAAAUGUUUCACAUUUCAUUAGCUUUUGUGUAAGUUUCAAUUCAGAAUUGUACUUAAUGAGUAUCAUAAACUCGAAGUAGUCAUUGUCAUCUUAUCCUUCAAAUUCUCAUUGUCAUUAGCUUGUUGAGGAUUUUUCUGUUGGUGGUGUUACAUGCACCAAUUAAUUUACACAUUAAUGUACCAACUAGUUUUAUGCCAUUAUUACUGACUCCACCUAUUAUACAAAUUACAAAUACUCAAAACCUCUAAAAUUAUGUCACAUCAUGUAUUAAUAUACUAGUUAGUACAUUAAUUAGUACAUAUAGCAUUAUUCUUUGUCGUUAAUGGAGAUUUUUAUUGACCAAAAAUUCAUUUUAUUGGAACGCACAGAAAGAAUUGCUUGACAUGGAUUGUUGUUUGUAUCAUUACCAACAUCAAAUUGUGUUUGCUUAAUGAAGAUUGUGCAAAUUAUCCCACCAAGCAUCAACAAAAUCCCCUGGUUAGGAUUUCUGCGACGCACUUCUGUUAUUGAUACCAGUUCUUGUCGGAUUACUGUCAGAUCUCAGUAUUUUAUGAUUGAACACAGGAAUUCUUUCUUAAAAUGGUACCUAAGGAAUCAUAUCAUCAAACUGUUGCUGACCGGAGUAAUAAAAAUUUUGCCACUUUAUUUGAUUUCUUUAGUCAGUCACACUAGUGAGGGGUAGUAAGGUUCUUCCAUUGCAAGUUAAGUUAGUUUAAAUUACACAAACAGUAUACAUCCAACACUUUCUAGACCCUGCAGUGACGAACAGUAUGUUUGCACUCAAGUCGAGAGUAAGACUACAUACAUCCAACUCUUCUUAGACCCCACAGUGAAUGGCUGUUUUGUACACCGGUACUACUCCUUAAUCACAUAAGUAACCUAUUAUGUGUUCUCAUCGUGUUCCAUGGCACAAGUUUUAGCAAUGAAGGCUUAGAACUACCCUUCAGAUUAGGGUGAAGUUCUAUGGAACCUCCAGCCUAAAAUCAGCAGUAUCCACUGGUUUUGAAACCCCAUGUCAUUAGGCACCUUUUGCUUGAGCUUGUGCCAUUA